UCCCCCGAACCUCACCCUCACUUGCAUUCCCUCGUCGCCUCUUUCCCAACUCCAAAUUUUCUACCCUGCUUUGAUCUUCCUUCAUCUCGCGCCACUUAUAAUGUCCGACGAAUGUGACACUCGUGAGCGCGUCGCCUCGUUCCUUGCUUCCCACGUCACUGACUGCCAGGACCGACUGACCACCUCUUUCACUCCAGACAACCCCACGAACACAGCCUCAAUAUACGACCAGAGGCUAGUCAGGCUUCGCAAACCGAUUCGCGUUGUGGAGGAUUAUUUGCGCCAACUCCGAGCGGGCUCUGCUGAUACCGGCGCUGACAUGAACGUCUCAUCCUCGGACGCCGUUGCCGCACUGAACGCUUUUGAGGAGAUCACUGGCGUCGGACCCGCCGUGAAGGAGAAGAUCAUGAACGACACCGCCAAGGCGGAAGACGUCGUCGUAUCACUGUUUGUCAUGGAGGCGAUCUACAAGGUCGUGAUGAGGCGCGUGUAGUGUCCAGGGCAGAAUUGUCUCGGUGUCUUUCCGCCGUGGCAGCCCGGCAGAAUGGCUUUUGGCUUAAUGGCAGAGGGUGGCAGAGGGUGGCGUGGGAAUGUUAGCAAUCACCGUCAUUCGGGCGCCUGAGAGGCAGAAAAAGGCCUUUGGCGGGUGUGUUGACCUUCUUAGGGAGUUGUUGAAGUAGGUGGAACUUCUGAUGCGGCAGGCAAGGGCCGCGCUUGUGCUCCUGCCAGGUUAUGAU